AUGCAGGUUAAAGAUAAGGAACACUGCCUCGCAUGGGGGAGCAGCUACAAAAGUGUCCAUUUGAAAGUAGAAGGUAACAGUUCCAAAUCCCUCCAGAAUGGCGCUAGAGUAUCAAGAGGCGACGGCGGCGCCUACGGUGUCGUGGCGCUCGUCGUGUCAAUUAUUCUCAUUUGUUCAGUCAGCCACUCGAUACUCGCCCCCCCCCCCCCCCCCCCCCCCCCCCUCCCCUUAACAGUCGCGUCGACCCGCUACACAAUCAUGUGUCCAUACAUAUGCAUAUCCCUCCCCGAACAAAUUGCUUUCCCACUUAAGACGAACAAU